AUGGCGCGGGCGGUGAGUGCGCCCGCCUCCGCGCGCCGCUUCCCGGCUCCGCCUUUGAGGCCGGGGGCCCGAGGAGGGCGGGCGGCAGCCAAUGGCAGCGCGAGCCGGGCCGGCCCGUUGCCAGGGAGACGCGGCCGGAGCCCCAGCGCCAGACCGCUUCGCCCGACAGGCGGCCGCGGGAGAGCGCGGCGGGGCGACGGCCGGGGCCUGCUGCUGUCUGCCUCAGUCCUCGACCCUGUGUGCCCAGCUCCACCUCUCUUAUCCCCCACCCUCUUUGGAGUGUCUCAAGAGGAGCCCCCUGUGGUCCACAUCCUUGGCCUGCGUCCCUCUUAUAGUGCCUUGCAGGCUGUCCCCAGGAAGGAUGGGCUGCUCCCUCUCCUUCUCCCGCUGCUGCUCGUUGCCACCCCGGAGGCCCGAAGCCCCGAGGACGGGCCCCCGUCGCCCCGGCAGCAGCUAGAAGAUUUCCCGAAGACCCAGGUCCCCGGGGGCGGAGUGCAAUACUGCAACGUGAUGAUGGUGCGGAGGCGCGUGGUGCAGCCCAACGGCCAAUGCCAGGGCACCAGCACCUUCUUCCACGCGCCCGUGGCCUCGAUCCGCCCCUCCAUCCCCUGCCCGGGCUCCACCGGGGGCCGCUGUUUCCAGAGCCCGGAGUACGCAUCCACCGACUGUUUGAUCGUGCACGGGACCGACUUCCCGCACUGCCGCUAUCUGAGCAUCCCCCGCCGGGGCAGGAUCACCAUCAGCAACUGA